GGUACAUUCGUUGCGUGCGUUUGUCAAAGUGCCACAACGUUUGGUUGUGACCUUUGCCCGUUGAGGUUUAAAAAAUAAAAAGUUGGAUCUGUUGUUUUCCCGCCAGUGAGUGUUUGUGUUACCGCUGUGUUUUCAAAUCAUUAAGAUGGCGCGUUUGUGGCAGAUAGCGGCUUUAUGCACGCUCGUUUGCUCUGUCUCAUCCGAACCUCAGUCUCGUUUCCACUCGAAAAGGCUUAAGUCUAGGACCGCGGACGUUCCCCCAGGAGAUACAGAUGAAAUGAUUGGACAACUUCUGCACUGGAUUCAAGGGCUUUCACAACAGAGGAAUAGAAAAGCUCGCCAGUAUUUCGGGGGGAAGCCAGAGCGACCGAGACCUUUUGAGCCCGCAUCGUCUUAUCUACCACCUGUAACGGGAUAUCCGGAGUCAGGAUCCCGACCGACGCCAGCGUACAGUGAAGGACCCUCUCCAAGUAUUCCACCUUAUCAACCAAGCACACCAUUUCAGCCAUCACCUGAACAACCAGCACAACCUCCUUACCCACCAAGUUAUCAACCCAGUCAGCCAACUAAUCCACCUUUCCAAGGUUCAUCAUCCUAUCAGCCUUCCUCACCAUUCCAACCAAACCAGCCAUCACAACCUUCAUAUGAAACGACGUAUCAACCAUCACAAUCAUACGAACCUAGUCGCCCAUCACAACCAAGUCCUGCACCUUCUUAUUAUCCGAAUCAGUCAAGCCCAAGCAGUCAGCCAUCCCAGCCAGAUUACCAAACAGGCCAAACUUCACCAAAUUAUAGCCCAAGCCAACCAAACUACCAAACUGGUCAAACGUCUCCAUCAUAUAACACAAAUCAGCCAAACUACCAAACUGGUCAGUCUUCUCCAACUUACCAACCAACUCAGCCAGAAAUCCCAGAAGAAACGUCUGUUCCAUCUUAUGAAACACCACAGCAAACACAAGAAACAGAGUCUCCCCAAGAUAAUGGAGGCAAUAGCCAACCACAACCACAGCAGCCUAUACCGGAUGAUGAUGAAGACCGCCACCCUCCUCAUAUUCACUCUCUCACUGUUGACUGUGGUAAAGAAAUGAUGACGAUUAACAUCGAAUUCAACAAACCUUAUAAUGGAAUCAUUUACUCACAAGAUCAUUAUAAGGAACCCGAAUGUGUUUAUGUUAGAGAAAAUUCUAAUCAAAUCAAAUAUUCUUUCACUGUAAGCCUUAACACUUGUGGUACAAGGUUUUUCAGUGACUUCGAAAACGAGGGACAAGCGUAUCUAGAAAAUGUUCUAGUACUGCAGAAUGAACCUGGGAUUCAAGAAUUAUGGGAUCACAUUCGCAGAGUGAGAUGUCUUUGGGAAGGAAAUUUGACAAAACAGUUAGUUUCAUCAUUAAGUGUCGGAAUGCUUAAUCAGAUAACAAGCAACUUCAGUGGGGACACUGCAAUGGCUAGACUAGAUAUACAAACAGGAAGAGGUCCAUUUGCUCCUGAAGCUAACGGUCUCAUCAAAAUUGGUGAAACCAUGACUCUUGUUGUGUCCGUCACAGGAGACCCUGGCUUCGAUAUUUUAGUGCGUGAAUGCAUAGCCCGUGAUGCUGAUAAUAUUAAUGUUGUACCAUUAACUGACUCUAACGGAUGUGUUUUGAAACCUAAAAUAUUUGGAGCAUUCCAGAAAACAAGGGAUACUGGAAAUACAGGAGCAUCUAUCAUUGCAUAUGCGUAUUUCAAUGCCUUUAAAUUCCCAGAUGAAAUGGACUUGAUCAUUCAAUGUGAAGUUGAAUUGUGUAAGACUGAUUGUGAAGUGUGUCCCAAUCCUGGAAGUUACGAUCCAAAGAGAAAAAGGAGAGAUAUAAUCCAUCUUGGAAACAGAACGUUGGAACCUAUGACUACUGUUGGUAAAGGAUUAAGGGUCGUAUUUGCCGAAGAUUUGCCAAACAUUCCCGAUUACUGCGUCUCACCUACUUCAGCAAUGUGGGGAGGUAUUUUAAUAAUGAUUAUUUCCUUACUUAGCAGUUUAUCAGUAAUGGUAUGUUGGCAAAGAACACGUGAUUCAAUUAAAUUCUUAUAGAUAAUAGAUCUAGCUUAAAUCAAACGUAUUAAGAUGAAAAAUGCUAGAAGUACGAACUAUUUCAAAUUACGGCUAUACGUAAUUUAUAUUACAUCGUAACUCAAACUGCUAAUAACCAAUACUCUGUUUCACUAUUAUAGUCAUUUUUACAUCUGUACCUAACCGUUAAUUUAUAAAUCUAUCUUACAUAAGUGAUGUAAUUUAAAACGUGUAACUAUAAAUAUUAAUUUAUGAUAACAUUGUAAAUACAUAGCUGAUUUAAAUAA